AUGGAAGGGCAUAUUUCCUUCAUCGGCCGCAUCAGGCGUUACCUCAAGAAGGGCCUCUAUGCGCAGCGCAUCGGCUCCGGCGCCCCAUCUACUUCGCCUUGCACUUUCAAGUACCUCGCCACCGAGGUCCUGGAGCUUGCUGGCAACGCGGCCAAGGACAACAAGAAGACUCGCAUCAUUCCGCGCCACCUGCUGCUCACCGUCUGCAACGACCAGGAGCUCGACAGGCUGCUCGCCGACGUCACCAUCACCCACGGCGGCGUGAUCCCCAACAUCAACUCCGUGCUACUCCCCAAGAAGUCCCCCAUCGCCGCCAAGAAGGAGGCCAAGUCGCCCAAGAAGAAGACCGCCACCAAGUCCCCCAAGAAGAAGGUCACCGCCACCAAGGAGUAGCCGCCCGCAUAGCCUAGUCGGUGUUGCUUAGAUCCAUUUCUCAUGGACUAAGAUGAGAUCCUGUAUGUAAUGCCUGCUAGUCUGUAGUGCCCGUCAGAUUCGUCGAGCAAGGAUGGCAUUGUA